AUAGAAUAUCAAUCACGAUGCUGUCGCAUGGCGUUGCAGGCUCGGUGAACGAGGCCGGUGUUUUCACCCUUCGUAGCAGACAGGAGGGUGGACGGCGUGCUAGAAGAACCACGACGAGCACCACGAGCACAACGGCGUCCAGCUCGACGUUGAUUUCUCUGUCGGACGAGGUGGCGCAGCCCGCGGCCCUUUUAGCCCCCGAAGAGGACUUAUGGUCUACCAGUUCUUCCGCUACAACCAAUGUUCCAGUCACCUUAGAUACAGCUGCCGCUUCGUCAAAGCCACCUUUGGAACUGGUGGUGAAACCUCACAGCAAGGUCAUACUGCCGUGCGAGCUGGAGGAAAAUUACUCGAGGCUGUUGUUGCCCGGGGUCAGGAGCUACAGAAUACGGCCAGCGACAUGGUUGCACGAGGGAAGCCCUGUAGAUAUGAUCACGAUCAACACGAGGACGGAGAUGAGCGGGACUGGACAUAGAUAUAUCGGCGACUCCAUGACUGACGCGUUGCACAUAGACAACGUCAGAUUAGAAGACGACGGUAUAUGGGGUUGCAGGCUCGAGGACGACCAAGGGAAGAUACUUUCCGGCAGGCCUGUGAAACUCGUCGUCCUCGAGGCACCCCGUGGGACGUACCUGCUGAUAGAUGGCCGUCGGUUGGACCCAGGCAACCAGUUCGUCCCUGUGAAGGAGGGGUCCGAGUUGACGUUGGAGUGCGCCGCCGAGGGUGGAAACCCGCCACCCGAUUUGGCAUGGGGGAUGACGCUGUCUCAGGCCACUUUGGACGGUCCCGAGCAACCGCCGGACAAUCUGACCGUGUUGCCCUCGACAUCCGGUAGACGCAGCGGGGCACACCUCAAGGUUCUCAGGGGUCACCAUAACGCGACCAUCGCCUGCGUCGCUCGCCACGUUACCCUCACCAUACCCAUGAACGCGAGCAUCCUGUUGGACGUGCAAUAUACUCCAUCGUUCGCGAUAACGCGUUUACCUGGUUUUGGAAUCCCGAUCGUCGAGGGGAUGUCCGUCAGCUUGAAAUGCGAGGUGGACAGCAACCCGGCCAGCACGCCCAUUUGGCAGCGUGACAAUGGACCGCCCGUCGAGCAGAGCGACGACGGAUGGCUGAACUUCACAAAAAUCAGCCGCGCCGAGAGCGGUUGGUACAAAUGUUAUACCAGGCACAUGCUCGGCAUAUUCACCAGCAUCGGUUAUUUUCUUAACGUGCGCUACGAUCCAGACAUGGAAACGGAAGCGGAAGCGUUGAACGGCGAGGCAACCGAUUCCCGGAAGAUGGAAGUUCAAAUCGGGGGUGCAGUGACUCUGGAGUGCGACGGUGGUUGCUGGGGACACGGUCCUGGAAUGGAUCCAGUCGGUGGUCCCGGUCCACUGGCUCUCAGUCGAGUCGUUUACCAGGAAGCCGGCGAAUAUCGAUGCGUCGCACCUGACAGGAAAAUGCAAGACACCUGGCGCGCCCAAUUGCCCUAUCACAUCAAGGUCACCGGUCGACCCAUGAUUCAUCCACCUAAUCAAACAGUGACAGCGAAGGAGGGUGAAUCGCUGAAUAUUGUCGUUGAAUUUUGCGCCGAGCCGAGACACACCAAGAUACUUUGGAUAUCCGAGGAAAACGUUUACGUGCCUGGUGCAGAGGCUAGAGAUGGUGUUCAAGCGCUUGCUAUUGAGGAUGGUGGCACGGAGUCCUGUUACAGAACGGUGCUGAGCUUCGACACGAUUCAAUGGUCUCAUGCCGGGGAAUGGUGGGUGUUGGUACGCUCGUCGGAAGGGAUCUCGGAUGCUUCCGUUUUGUUGAACGUGACGCGAGCCUCCGAGUACAGUCACGCUCACUUCCGGUCAGCGAGUCUCACUUACCUAUCGAUGUGUUUGGCCCUGGUCAUCCUGCAGGAGCAUCGUCGCUGAGGGAUCGUGGUGAGACGACGUCGAAAAUGUUGCUUUGUGAACAGCCAAAGGAAGCGGAUCGAAUUUGAGAAGUCAGCUUCCCUGUUCAAUGGAUGAGAAAUAAAGGGGGAAGGAAGUCGGAGUUCCGUCAGUAUUUUCCGCGACGAUUGUAAAUAUAAAAUAUAUAAAUUGCAGAAAAAGAGGGGAGGGGCAGGGGAGGAGGAAAAAAAAGGAAAAAAGAAAAAGGACGCGAAUGGAGAAAGAGAUAAUCGUUUCGGUAAGAAUAGUUUCGAAAGAAUGUUUCGUGUUCUUGACGCGAGGUGAAACUCGAUGACGAUGCAACGAGAAAACCCUGUUUAUUAUGUAUCGAAAAGGGUGAGCGCGCUUAAACGAGAGAAAGCCUUUUAUCGACACUGUCGUUGUCGAUGAACGAUGCAGAGCUUCCGGCGACGACGAUAAUCCGGCCUCGACGUUCCUUAAUCAUGAAUCUCGUUGCUAGAUUCUCUCGUUCUUUCUUUUCCUUUCUCUCUUUCUUUCUCUUUCCACUUCUCCGUUGCGUAGUUUUCGUUUCGAUAUUCUUGUCAUAGGAUUUUCUAGAAGAUAAAUGACUUGGUAGAAUAGAUGGAAUCGAUUCGUAACGAGGAUUGUUUAUUGUAGAUUUAUUUUCCAUUCUUUUUUCCCCCUUUCUCGUCUCCUUUUUUAUUAUUGAAAAGAGAUAAAAGGAAAAGAAAAACGAGACUUCGAAAUCCACGAGUCGAACCCGUCGAACUACGAUACAAUUAAUGCCUUUCUCUCUUUCCUUAAACGAGAGAAACAGCGCGGUCGAAAUUAUCCGAAGGUGUCGAUGAUACCGAUUAUCGCGUAUAAAAACUUUGUAAAUCAUUACGAGAUUUUUGAUUGUAAAAAAAACCGUUUCUCGCAACGAUUUUCUCGAUUAAGCGUGAUAAAAAAAGAAAAGAAAAAAAAAGAAAGAAGAAAUAUUGUACGGAUGUUACGCGUAACGGAGGCACGUGUAAAUAUUUGUAUAAAUAGUUUAUUUGUAAGGAGAUCGAAUGCGGCAUGCGAAAAUAAAAAAAAGAGAGAAAAAGUAAGAAUUUAAAAAAAGUAUAUGUACACGCGUUGAAUAAGAGACCAAUUUUUACAUUCGGAUUCGCAGAGAACGUCGACGGCUGAAUGUCGAACCGAACGAGUCGAGCGGUAAACGAAGACUGUUCGUUCCCGCGUAAUUGUUAUAGAAUAUAAACACGAACCAAAGAGAAUAAUUCGACGUUAUAACAAAAGGAAAGGAAAGGGAAUAUGGGAUUAACUAGAGGUUACGUGUACGAUUAAGAAAACGAAAAUAACGAAAUAAAAUUAAAACGCAAGAAACGAAACAAAAAAAAAUAUUCCGUAAAAAAACAAAACUAGAUACAUUAAGGGAAAAACGGUACAUUGUUGUAUAUUAUUUUAGGUAAGUAGCAUUAAAAACAAAAAGAAAAAAAAAUAGCGUGUAUAUAGUGAUUGUAAAUGCAUAGGCUAUCGAUACACCGAGGGCUAUGCAUGACGAAUUAUACAGUGACGCUGUUAGAGAUAUAUUUAUUAUUCGUUGAUAUAUUUUUAUAAAGUUUUAUUUAGCCAUAAGUUCUCGUUCGCCUUCCCCCUGGAUGUCGUGUGCCGAUCGAUGGUUAGUUUUCAAUUGAGAGUGGCCGUGAAAAAUGUGUGACGAUAAUAACGACGACGAUGAUGACGAUUUUGAUUCGGACGAGAAUUAUUCCAACGAGGAUAUAUUAACGAUGAAUAAAAAUACGAAAUUUCUCUUUAUCCCGAACGAACGUUCGUGAAUUUAAACUGUUUUUGACCUGUAUUGCGAACGGAAAAAAAAAAAAUAAGAAAGGAAAAAAUUGAGGAGCAAAAAAAUGAA